AGCGACACGUUUCAGCCAUAACGCGGCCCACCACCGCUGGUCCACUGCUGGUCAAGGAGAGCAAUUCAAAUCUCGUUGGCCGCGGACCCCUAUCGAAAUUAGUGAACACCACAGACAGCAUAUCUUGUGCAUACUGAUCCACGACCACGACAAGGAUGAGGAAAAGGGCUUGUGAUUCAUGCUACCAGCGCAAGAUUCAAUGCGAUGCCGCCAGCCCACGCUGCGACUGGUGUCGUCACCAUAAUCUACCCUGCACCUUCAACCGCCCAAUAUCGACAAGGCGGAGGGGGAAGGCAAAGAAGCCCGGGAAUUCUGUAGAACGAGUCGAGGUCGAGCAGCAGCGGCAGCAGCAACAGCAGCCGCAACAGCCGCAGCAGCCCGAGAUGGAGAUCGACGACUCGCCCGUGGUCUUUGAUCCUAUCCCCUCACCCCUGAGCCUGCCGCCGGAUGGGCCGGUGAACUGGAGUGCUCCCUUUACACCCUCAUCCACGGCAGACACCAACCCCUCGACCUAUGGGUCCCCAGACUCGAGCCUCGUUACAUCGCCCAGCUACCAGCUGUCUGAUCACUUUGCGGAAUCCCCGAUCCGCGCCGAGUCCCCCGCAUCCGUACAGGGGCCGGCCUUUGGUAAGCUCCACUUCGCCGGCCGGCAUCUCGGUGACAUCAGUCUCCACAACGGCAUCCCCUUUUUAUCAAGUGAAGGCCAGAAGUGGAUCGCCUCCCGGACCGGAGAGCCCGCCCCCCUUCAAGCCCUGUCCAUAUCCCUUCCCCGCCGCCACGGCGUCCACCCGGCUUUCUGGUGCUCCAGCACGGCCCACAGCGAGGCCAUGGCCCUUCCGGACCGCCGCGUGGUCGAGGAGGCUCUGGACAUGUUCAUGUCCAACCCCUUCAAGCGUAUCUGGCCCGCCGUAGACGCCAUCCUCUUCCGCGAGACCAUCGACGUCGCCUACGAGGACCGCGGCGGCCGCUGCUCGCUCGAGGCCGUCGCCGCCCGCGCUUGUAUCUUUUCUUUUCUUGGUCUGCUCUCGCUUCACCACAUGUACCCCAAGUCCAUGCCCUCGCUCGACAGCGAAGAGUGCGCCGUACAGGCCCAGCACCUGCUGCCCCAGGUGCUCCACGAGACCUCGGUCGACGGGCUGCAGACGUGUUUCAUGCUGGCCCUCUACCACCUCCUGCUUGGCCAGCUGCAAAAGGCCGCCGUCUUCCACUCGGUCGCCUGCCGCAUGAUGUUCACCCUCGGCGCCAACACCACCGUCGUCCCGCCCUGGUCGUCCCUUGCCGGCCACGACUGGCGCGUCAAGAACCAGCUGCGCAAGCUCUUCUGGAUGGUCUACUGCAACGACAAGGAGAUCUCGCUGCGCACCGGCCAGCCCCCGUCCAUCAACGACGACGACUGCGACCUGACCCUCCCCCAGGGCUACCUCGACUUCAAGUACGUCGACGACAUCCCGGAGUUCGAGCACCUCCUGCUCGACGACACCGCCGCCCCCUUGCUGCCCGGCGACGUGCGCCUCGACAUCAUCAAGUCGCGCACCUACACGCUGCUCUACUCGGCCAAGGCCAUGCGCAAGUCGGACGCCGAGGUCAUCCGCGACAUCCGGCAGCUCGACGACGAGCUCGAGGCCUGGCGCAUGUCGGUGCCGGCGCGCUACCGGCCCUCCCUCGCCCUGCGCGAGGAGCAGCCCCAGCCGGACCUGUCGGAGCCGCGCCGGAUGGAGCGCUUCAUGGUCCACGUCGAGUACCACCACCUCGUCGCCACCAUCCACGAGGCCACCGGCCGCUGCCGCUCCUGGACCGCCCAGCAGAGCAUGGAGGGCGUCCGGUCCAGCCUCGCCCUCGCCGUCGAGGCCAGCCGCUCCACCAUGGUCUAUCUCCGCGCCGUCGUCCACCACCUCAUGGGCGAGGUCUUUUGGAUGGCCGUCUUCUACCCCAUCUCAGCCAUCUGGACCAUCUUCUGCAACAUCAUCCACAACCCGCUCGACCCGCUGGCCGACGCCGACCUCGACCUGCUCAACUCGGCCCCGCAGCUCAUCCAGGAGAUGCGCCUGCGCCGCCUCGCCCGCGACGAGAUGACCCACAUGAAGAUGGUCGACGACUUUGUCGCCGAGCUCGCCCGCCUCGCCACCCGCGCCGUCCUCAAGGCGCGAGCCGACGAGCGGGGCUUUUGCUAGCUAAAACAGGACCUUCCUUUUCUAAGUUGCUUUGCUUGGGUUUAUAUAAAAAUACAGCGCCCGCUAGAUCGUCUUUGUUUAUGGCGACUACGAUACAGAAUCUCUUUUGGCGUUUUUCUUGGGCUUACGGAUUGGCGGUCUGCUUUUGUUGUAUUAUGCUUUGCUGUCAUUACCGAUUCUAGAAGCAGACUCGGGUAAAAGUGUGCGUCGGGUGCGUCGGAUACAGAUGUGUCAUUA